UCACUGCAGGGCGCCUAUUAUACUUGCAUUCGAAACCUGACGUGGAGAGGACAUCAGUGGGCAUCCAAAGAGACAUGACCCUGGCAUCGAGGCUGAAAACCCCAGUGAAUGGCUUCAAAGGGGUGUCCCCACUGAUGAAGCUCCCACACUUUGAUCUUGUGUGGGGCUAUACAGUGGAGUAUAUGCACAGUGUUCUACUUGGCGUAACGAGGCAGUUUUCCGAUUAUUGGUUCGACUCGUCAAACAGCAAUGAGGCAUACUACAUGGGACGUCCAAGCACGCUCCGACUAAUUAACCAACGCCUGCUGAGCAUCCGACCACCCCACCAUUUCACCCGGCUGCCUCGCACAUUACGGGAGCGGUGCUACUGGAAAGCUCACGAGUGGCGAAAUUGGCUACUGUUCUAUUGCUUGCCGUGCUGUCGCCCUGUCCUACCACAGAGAUACUUUCGCCACUUCGCCCUCCUGUCUGAGGCAGUUUUUGUAUUGAUUUUACAAGAGCUGUCAUCUGACCAGAUUGAUCACGCAGUAGCCGUAAGAAAGAGCUUCAAGAGACUUAUAAGCAGCGUGGACUAUGUCAUACUGCAUGGAAUAGGCAGCAGUUGUUUAUCACAUGUUUACUACUCUUUUUCAGGACUGCUUCUCACAACCUUUGUGUCCCAGGCAGCUGGGCUCUACGGCCAGCGAUGUAUGAGCUUUAAUGUACAUCAACUGCUCCAUCUGGCUGAAGCUGCAAGACAGUUCGGUCCUCUGUGGGCACAUUCUGCUUUCGCAUUCGAAAGUAGUAAUGGUGAGCUAGUUAAACUGGUAAAUGCUGCGAAAGCUGUGCCAGAACAGGUACUGGAAAGGGUGAUAUUGUCACAAGAGCUUCAGAUCUUGCUUUCGGCACUUCCUUUGCCAUCAAAUGUGCUAAAUUUCUGUACAAACAUGCUUGGUAAUCCGAGAACCGAACAUGCACGACGCAUUGGAGCUGCCUGGGUGUUUGGUGCGCCAAAAGAUGUUUCUUCUGUCAGUCAUCAGGAGUCUUCUUGCUUGCAAGCAUGGUGUGGUCAUGUGCCAAUUGUGCAAGAAUACUUAAGGUUUUCAUUUCUGGGCACAAUCUUUCAUAGCCAAAGCUACAAGGCUGGAAGGAAAAACAGCUCGGUGUUUGAAUGCAAGAGUGGAGGUUUUUAUUCUAUCAAGAGAAUAUUUGAAAUCACCGAUUCAUCUUCUGUUUUAAAUGGCGAGGCUGUCCUCCUUUGUACAAAAAUAAUUACAGGUGACAACAUAGCAGGACUGCCACCACAUAUUUCUGACUGUUUCUUUUCGUUAGCGUAUUCCCUGGUACCACUAAGUAUCAAUGACAUUGCUAAGGCUUGCGUUCUGAUCUCUUUGAAUGACAAAGAAGACUACAUUUGUACAGUUCCUAACAUGCUAGAACGUGACUAAGGUUGCAAUAGUGAUGUCUCACAGGCAGACAUGUACUAGAAGUGGUAAAGGAAUACAUCCCAAAACCACGAUAUGACUAUGAGGGAAGCUGUAAUGGAGGGCUCUGAAAAUUUUGAUUAUCUUGUGUUCUUUAGCAUGCACCCAAAUCUAAGUAAUCGGUUCUUUAGCAUUUUGCUUCCAUCGAAAUGCGGCCGUCGUGGCCUGGGAUUUGAUCCCGCAGCCUUCGGGUCAGCAGUCUAGCAUCAUAACCACUAGCCACCGUGGCGGGUAAGGAAUACAUCUACUUAGGGCAGGUACAUAGUUGCCGCAAACCCGAACCAUGAGACAUGUAACGAUAAGGAUGAGAAUGGGCUGCUGUGCAUUUGGCGGGUCUUCUCAGAUCAUGAAUGGCCGUAUCUGGGCUCAUUGAAUUCUCUUAUCUGUCCCCAUGCGAGCUUGUAGUGGCCGAGAACGUAAUGUCAGCAUAGAUUUGCCAUGUGGAGGUCUGACUGCAGCUAUGGGGCAAGUUUGCACACAUUGAUGUUGAACAAUAGCCUGAACAACAUUUCACCUUGAGGCCAAACAUAGGAGUGAGCGUGCUGCGUGUUGCUCUGAGCACAAUGUUUACUUUGCAGUUUGUAGAAAGUCCUGAAAGUAAUGAAAGAUUCCUCCACCCAUGCUUGCAAGAAGUUGCGGAUGUCUGAGUAGGAGUAAUCCAUUGGCCUGGGUGGCACAAAGUAGCUUACAGUAAACUCAGACGGAAAUCUCUUAAACGGAACUGCUACUUAAAUGGAACAAAUGCUUUAAGAUGAUUGGUUCUGUUCUCGAAGUCUGCAACCCUGUUGAUCUCCAACGAAACUGAACUCCUAUUAAAUGGAAAAUAUUUUCCUUGUCCCUAGGUUCUGUUUAAUGAGAGUCUACUGUAGUUGCCUUGGUUUUAUCUUGUUUGUAUCCCCAGUCAGUGUGUCAUGCAUUAUGUUGACAAGGAGAAUCAAUCGGUCCCACUGUGAAAUCAAGGUAGAUUCGUGGUAUAGGAUCGUUGAGAAAUUGGCCUUUUGUUCGCUAGGUGGACUGCACUUGUUUUGCAAUAUACAUUUAGGGUGUCCGUUCUCUAGCUGCUGAGUGGUUAUUAUUUGGUGGCGUUUUUUUCACUCCUAAUGGUAAAAUUGUUAUGACAAAGUCCUUCCUUGCCAAAGCCGCUGCCGUUGGGUGAUCUGCAUUGAAAUCAAGGUGGUAAAACCCACGUUGUGUUUCGAUGUUUUUCCUACGUCUCAUUUAUUUUAUUUACAAAUCCAGUUGUCUGUGUCGACAAAUGUAGCAGAAGUGGGUAACAAAUUUAAUACAAACAAAAGAAGCCAAAGAAAGAUUAUACAAAAGAGAUAAACAAGUGAUGUAGUUCGGUACUUGCUCAACGAACUCCUGAAAAGCAACGUGCGAAGUAAGCCAUUCAAGUUGUUCCACAUUUCAACGGUCAGUGGAACGAAAUUAUUAAAAACAGUCUGAGUGUGACCUGAAAGGAACAAUGUUAUGUGUAUGGCAGUGUUGGGUUGCACAUACACUGGGAGAUAUGAGAGAGAAAGGUUCCUGAAUACCAGAUGGGAUGUGUGAAUGAUCCUGCUCACCAUAAUGAUUUAUUCCUGUGUGCACCUAUGUUUCAAAGUCUGCAAUCAUGAAACAUGAGCAUGUGGUGAAGUUGAAAAAAUGCGAUCAUAACUGUGCAUGAAUCUGAUUGCCUUUUUGUGAACUGAUUCCAAUUUAUUGAUGUACAAUCACGCUGUGAGGGGACCAAACAGUUGAAAUGUAUUCCAAUAGUAUUGAAAGUUGGGUUAGUUGGUACGGUAGCAUGUUUAGGUACAGCGCGAGGAACGACGAAGACGGAAUAGAACAGAAGGGACACAGUGUAUUCCAGUAUUGGGCAAACCAGUGAUUUAUAAGCAGUUGACUUGCAUUCUUUUGUUUGCAUUUUUGAAUGUUCAGUUAAGGUAGCCAUGUUUUCCAAGUGUUUCCAAAUGUUUCCCAAUCAUACCCUGAGGUAUGAAAAAAAGAGAAAGAGGCCCUAGCAACACUUCUUCAGCUUGGUCAGAAAACGCUGCUGAUCGGUAGUCGAGGCACCCGAGAACAUGUGAGCGAAACAUAAUAGCGCAGCACGCGGCCUGAAAUUCACAAUUCUCAAAAUCGGCUAAAAAUAGCUCGCUCUUCUCUUGAUAAAUGAUUCCAUAGACCCAAAUGGCCAUGCCAUAAACGCAGUCCACAGUCAAUGGCUGAUUUGAGCAUCGUGAGCUACAUAGUUGCUGUGGCCGCCGCGGGAUGCCGCGACAUGCCUGCGCGCUCACUCAUGAUGACACUGAAAGUAAGCCGCCCGUUCAAAGAAAAAAAAGGUGCUCAAGGUCAUGAUUCGCACUGAUGAAUGGAUGUAGCUUCUUGCCACCUUGUCAUUUCCCCCUCCCCCUACGUAGCUUUCAGCGCGUUCGCUCGUACAAAAGGAGAGAAAAAGCGCUAAAGCGUGCGACAAAGCCCUGUAACUCCGC